GUGGGGCAUUUCGUUUUUAGUGUGCUCUCAUUAUCAGACCAAGCAGUACGACAACGAGUCUUUGUAUCUCGGCGCGCGUUCAGUUCUAUCUGUUAAUUGUUUUUGUUACAUACCCAGCUACAUACACGGUUCGGCUUCGUUUAGCGGUACGUGCGUACAUACUACGAUUUUGGGAUCGUUAUUGUUAAAAAAAAAUACACCAAAGCGGGACAGUAUCUUUCAGUACGUUGGUGCGUGUGUGUAUAUCUUUAAAGAGGUCUAUCAACGUAAUCACCGUGUGUGCUCUAUAUCGAAAAUAGUUCGGCCCAAAACACGUUGUAGCACCGUUGUCGUCGUUGUUGCUCGUUCAAAGUGUCAUCAGUGAAUAGUUGAAGAAGUGUUGUUAGUGUUCCAUUAGCACCUGCACAAAGUCAAUUUCGUUAAUUUGCCAAGCAAAAUCAAAUUUUCCUUUUUCUUCGCCAAAGCAAAGUUUAAUUAAAUCUAAAUCCAUCCAACAUGAGGGAAAUCGUGCAUUUGCAAGCUGGUCAAUGCGGUAACCAAAUUGGUUCUAAGUUCUGGGAAGUUAUUUCCGAUGAACAUGGCAUCGAUCCCAAUGGCAUGUACUAUGGCGAAAAUGAUAUGCAAUUGGAACGUGUCAACGUCUACUACAAUGAGGCCAACAACAACAAGUAUGUGCCACGUGCCGUAUUGAUUGAUUUGGAGCCAGGCACCAUGGACUCAGUGCGUCAAUCACCUUAUGGCAAUUUAUUUAGGCCAGAUAACUUUGUUUUCGGUCAAUCAGGAGCCGGCAACAAUUGGGCCAAGGGCCACUACACUGAAGGCGCCGAGUUAAUUGAAACCGUACUCGAUGUUGUACGCAAGGAAUCCGAAGGCUGUGAUUGCCUUCAAGGUUUCCAAUUGGCCCACUCAUUGGGUGGCGGCACCGGUUCCGGUAUGGGUACUUUGCUGAUUUCGAAAAUCCGCGAAGAAUAUCCCGAUCGGAUUAUGAAUACUUUCUCUGUGGUACCUUCCCCGAAGGUGUCAGAAGUUGUUGUAGAGCCUUACAAUGCCACUUUAUCGGUACAUCAACUGUGCGAGAAUACCGACCUUACAUUUUGCAUAGAUAAUGAAGCCUUGUAUGAGAUCUGUUACCGGAGUUUACGUUUUGUCUCACCCACCUAUGAGGAUCUCAAUCACCUGGUGUCCCUAACAAUGUCUGGCGUGACCACCUGCCUCCGCUUCCCUGGCCAAUUGAAUGCUGAUCUACGUAAAUUGGCCGUGAAUAUGGUGCCAUUCCCACGUUUGCACUUCUUUAUGCCCGGUUUUGCCCCAUUGACUGCCAAGGGCUGCCAACAGUAUCGCGCCCUUACCGUCUCCGAACUGACGGCUCAAAUGUUUGAUGCCAAGAACAUGAUGACCGCCUGCGAUCCCAGACAUGGCCGUUAUCUUACCGUAGCCUGCAUCUUCCGAGGUCCAAUGUCGAUGAAGGAAGUCGAUUCACAAAUGUUGAAUAUUCAGAGCAAGAAUGGCCCUUAUUUCGUUGAAUGGAUUCCAAACAACGUUAAGGUCGCCGUGUGUGAUAUACCACCACGUGGCUUGAAAAUGUCGGGAACAUUCAUUGGCAAUACCACUGCCAUACAGGAGAUCUUUAAGAGAAUCUCCGAGCAGUUUACAGCCAUGUUCCGUCGCAAGGCCUUCUUGCAUUGGUUUACUGGCGAGGGUAUGGAUGAAAUGGAAUUCACCGAAGCUGAAUCUAAUAUGAAUGAUUUGAUUUCGGAGUAUCAACAGUAUCAGGAGGCAACCGCUGAUGAGGAAGUUGAAUUCGAUGAAGAACAAGAAGAAAAUGCGGCAUAUGAAGCCGACAUCCAAAAUGGUGGCAUGUAAAUACAGAUUCACAGACACACACACACACACACACACAUACAAUACAUCGCCAAGUGUAUACAAGCAGAAGGAUAAGCACACCCAUACUAGUACAUAAAAGGCAACAAACACAUGGGCAUAAGUGAGUCUCCACACCGACCAACAACAGUUGCAGCCAAUAUUUUGUUUGUCAACAUGAUGACCAUACCUAUACAAUUCAGAAUACGGAAGGAAAUAAUUUUCAACAUCUUUACAGUCCACCCACCACCACUAUUCCCAAUGGCCAGCAAUACAAUACCCAAAUUUACACUACAAUCAUAAUUUACAUAUCUACAAUAAAUACAUAAAUAAAUUUCAAUUAUAUGUAAGUUCGUGUGCAUAUACCUAGCCACCACCAGUUCAACAGAACAAUCAUCUGCCUACCUAUAGCCACCCCCAUCCAUACUGCUCCUUGUUCCUCACAGAUUCCUUUACAAUAUGCGUAGUGUUGUUUUUUUAUUAUUAUUAUUAUGUAUUUUUAUUAUUGAUAAAUAAAACAAACUGUUUGUAAAUCCGCAA